GAUGAGUCAUUCCUCUACACUGCGUGAAGUUUUCGAACUCUUUCAAUUGCGAGUUUUCCUUCCUCCUCACUGGAGGCUGGAGCCCGCCCUUCUGCGGAGGGCGCUUGAUCGGCUCUCCUUCCCUGACCUCGGGUGGUCAGGUUUUAAAGCCUGGCUUCUUGGAAUUGCUGGGAAACGGUGGCCAAGCCGGGUGGGAACAGGAAGUGAGCUCUCUCCAGGAGCCGUGGGCCCGGCGUGGAGCCUUCGAAAGCAAAAGUUAGCGGCGGCCUCCGGCGGGGCGGGCGGGCGGGCGUCGCAGGUCUUCUUCCUCGAGCCGCUCGCCUGGGUCCCCGGAGCUGUGACUCUGCGAUCAGAGUCUUACUAUAUAGACUUAACCGCCCUGGGACUGCUAUGUGGACCAAGUAAACGUUGAACCUGUGGCAAUCCUCCCGCUUCUGAAUCUUCAGUGCUAGCGUUACAGGGUCACCACCCUUCUACCUCGCGAAAGGAAUGGAUUUCAGCAGCUGCCUUUACAAUAUUGCCGAACAGCUGUGCAGUAGUGAAGUGGCCGCCCUCAAGUUUCUGUGUUUGGACUACAUACCACCGAAGAAACAGGAGCCCAUCAACGAUGCCCUGAUGCUCUUUCAGGGGCUGCAGGAGAAGGAAAUGUUGGAGGAAGGCAAUCUGUCCUUCCUGAAGGAGCUGCUUUUCCUCAUCUGUCGGCUGGACCUGCUGACCAACACUCUAAACAGCAGUAAGGACGAGAUGAAGAAAGAGCUGUAUGAUCUAGACAAAGCUCAGGUUUCUGCCUACAGGGUAAUGCUCUUUAAGCUCUCAGAACACGUGAGUGAUUUGGAGUUGAAAGAGUUUAAGUUUUUCUUGGAAAAGAAGAUCCCCAAAUGUAAGCUGCAUGAUAACUCGAGCCUGCUGGAUGUUUUUGUGGAAAUGGAGAAGAGGCUGAUCCUGGGGGAAGACAACUUGGAUAGCCUGAAGUCAAUCUUUGAACAUGUCAACAAGAGUGUGCUGAGGCACAUCGAAGAGUUUGAAGAAUCAAACAGAGAGAGAAGAAUGAGCCUGGAAUGCGGAGCAGAGGCGUCCAGUUCAUUUUCGGACGGACAGAGCUGCUUCACAAUGCAGGAAAUGUGUGACUCCCUAAGAGAACAAGACAUCGACUCCCAGGUAUCAAGUAGAAUAUAUCAAAUGAAGAGCAAACCUCGGGGAUACUGUCUGAUCGUCAACAAUUACGAUUUCAGCGAGGCGCGGGAGAGAGUACCCAGACUCAGCAAGAUGAAGGACAGGAAGGGAACAGAACGUGAUGAAGACGCGUUGACUGAGACCUUUCAAAAGCUUCAUUUUGAGGUCGUGUCUCACAAAGACUGCACAGCCAGUAAGAUCCGUGAGAUCCUAAGAGCCUACCAAAGAAUGGACCACGAGAGCAAAGACUGCUUCAUCUGCUGCGUCCUCUCCCACGGAGACAAGGGUAUCAUCUACGGCACCGAUGGGAAGGAAGCCUCCAUCCGUGAGCUGACAUCGUAUUUCACUGGUUCAAAUUGUCCUUCUCUGGCUGGAAAACCCAAAGUCUUUUUCAUUCAGGCUUGUCAAGGGGAUAGCUUCCAUAAAGCUGUACCUGUUGAGACCGACUCGGAGAGGGACAACUACUUAGACAUGGACUCAUCAUCUCGAAAGAACUAUAUUCCAGAUGAGGCUGACUUUCUGCUGGGGAUGGCUACUGUGAAAUAUUGUGUUUCCUACCGAGAACCCAUGCGCGGAAGCUGGUAUAUCCAGUCACUUUGCAAGAGCCUGAGAGAAAGAUGUCCUCUAGGUGACGAUAUUCUCAGCAUCCUGACUGGCGUAAACUAUGAUGUGAGCAAUAAAGACGACAGGAGGAACAUGGGGAAGCAGAUGCCCCAGCCCAUCUUCACGCUCCGGAAGAAGCUGUUCUUCCCUCUCAACUGAUGUGUGCUCCUCGUGGAUGACACCCAGCUAGUCCAUGGACUUUUUGUUUUGGGGGGUAGAUGGGUGGGUUUUAAUUUAUUUUUUAUGAUUUCUUUUAUUUUGAGCUAUUGAAUCAUUUAUCCUGGUCCUUUCCUCCCUUCACCCCUUCCCACAUAAUCCUGCCUCUCUUUCAAAUUCAUGAGUUCUUUUCUUCAUGAGUUGUUGCUACACAA